UCCAGCUAUGUUGCUGUUACUCAUUGCCGUUCUUUUGGAACCUUCUGAAAGUCAACUGGUAGUCGACCACUCUAUCCCUUCGAAGGAGGAUUACCUUCAGUUGUAUCAAACUUCUUUAGUACACUAUCGUAAUUCGGAUUAUCAAAGAACUCAGUAUUUCACUGAAUUGGCUCUUGCUGACAAAAGGUAUCGCGAUGUGAUGCUAGUAAAGUGUUUCCAGCGCUGUUCUGAGGAAGGUAGCCAGUCUUCUCAACAACUCUUCUUUCUGUCUUUGGUAACCGGCGAAAAGUGUACCAGAAAGUGUAUGAAGAAUCUGUUUGGACAGCCCCUUCAGUUGCCGUUAUGGGCAAUUAAAGAUUUUAAAACUCGGAAGCCCUUCAGUUUUCUGCAGUUCUCCUACUACCAGAUAGGAGACUUGACCUCAGCUUACGAAGCAGCCCUCGUCAACCUCAAGUAUAACCAGGAUAGUGAGAUGAUGCAGGGGAAUGUUAACUUCUACGGUAGGAAGAUCAGGGAUCUAUCUGGAAUGUUGCGUCACGAGCAGCCGGACAGUUUGGACAAGUUCAACAUGGGCGUUAAAUCCUACACUAACAUGGAUUACGCUGGUGCCUCACAACACCUUGAUUCAGCUCUGAUACUGUACGUAGAAGAGGUAACGAAAUGUAAAAUACUGUGUGCUACUGGCUACGAUGAGUUUGAAGGGAAGGUACUACCAGAUCUAAACGAUACCAGCACUUUCCAGGAUCAGUUUGUAAAGUUGUACCACAAGGUAAUGGAGUGCAGAUACAGAUGUCUGGGCAAGUUCGACAAAAUGACCGACCUCAGAGAGGACUAUCUUCCUCAACUGCUGAAUUACCUGCAAUUCAGUGCAUUUCAGACAAAGGAUCUCGAGUUCGCCUAUCAGAUAGCAGCUGCUUAUCUUACUUUAAAUCCAGGCGAUCAGACGAUGACGAACAAUCUGAAAUAUUACACCGAACAAUUGGGAACUGUACCUGACCAACUUACUAUGCUUAGCAGCCUUAUCGAGGAGAAUUCUUUAGACAUGGAGGUGCUGUCAGCAAUAGUGGGUAAGAAGGAGAUGAGGAAAAGGCUGAAAGAUAAGCAGGAUUACAUGCUCGGUGAUAUGGGCCUCAUUUCGGAACUCAACGCUGACAAAAAUAUUCUUUGGAGAAAUUCUUAUUAGUUGUAUUCGAUCUCUUUUGGAAUGAUGAACUUUAACUUUUUAUAGUGGGAAAUUUUUUAGCUUACUUUAAUUUAAAUUAUAGAGCUUAUAUCAUAAAAUUCAAACAUAAGUAUUAUAGAUUUAUAGACUUGGAUACUGAUGGGGGUUGACUUCUGGGGUUUACCCCAGAAUCGCUAUUUUAAAAAAGGGCUCACCUCCUCGCCAGCAUUCCAGUCUUUAGUCACUUUCAUUUAUAAUUCUGGGUUUUUAUAAUUUGUAAACUUUUCAAUAAUAUCAAUACUAUAUUCGAAGUUAUCAAUUCGGUAGCUUUUUCUAUUUUUUUAGUUUAUUUUUGUAUGGGAAUUUACAGAACUUUUAUAAGGAUUUCAAAAUUUAUUGCAUUCAAAUCUUUCAAUUAAUUUAUAUAUUAUCGUAAUCGUGUAUUAAACAUCUAUGAUGUUAUUAACUGUAACUAUUUCAUUAACAAUUCAGCACAUUAAGAACUUUUUGUUUCCCUCAAUUUUUCCUCACAAAUAUCGAGUAAAGUAUACAAUGAUAUUAGUGGUCGUUUACAUAUUACGUAAUCAGCCGAGAGGGGGGGGGGGUUCCAAAUGAUUACGCUAGUGUAAUUUUGACACAACAAUUAUGUGUAAAACUGACUACAGAGAGGGGGGGGGGGUUAAAAUUGUUAAAAAAUUGAUUACGUACUAUGUGAACGAUCUCUUAUGUAGCAAAUUGAUUAAAAAUAAUGUUGAUACGUUGAAAUUUGAUCGCAGGUUCACAGGAUCAGCUAUAUAUUGGACCUUUUAUCUUUAGUGAAAUCUUUAGUGAAAUGCGAGUCUAAACGCAUGGAGGCAGUUGUUCCAUUUCACCACUUUGAAGAAGCUGUAUCAUACGAGACAUUUGAGUUGUACUUGCAGAGCAACACUCCCUGUACGUUUGGGAACUGGAUAUCUGAAGACUGGCCAGCUCGACAUACUUGGGUUUUAAAGGAUGGCUCUCCUAACCUAGACUACUUGGAUGAAAACUUCGGUUGCUGUAAAGCCUCAGUCACUGAAUUCAACGAGAGGUUGGAGACUGGUUGCAGUGAACAAACUAUCAGCCAAUUUAUAUCAUACUGGAAAAGUUUAAAGUCUUCUCGACAUGAUAAGAUGAAUGAUGCUUUUCCAAGGGACAACUUCCUUUCCCUGCCACAUUAUCUUAAAGAUUGGCACUUUGCCAAGAACACACCACCCGAAUCAGUCUACCAAGUUCCUGAGUUAUUCUCAGACGACUGGUUAAACAGAUAUUGGAAGACUAGAGAAGAUGUGAAUGACGAUUAUAUCUUCUCUUACUUUGGACCAGCUGGAUCCUACACGCCAUUCCACGCUGAUGUAUUCAGAUCUUACAGUUGGUCUAUCAAUGUGUGUGGGGCUAAGAAAUGGCUAAUCAUGUACCCUGGUGAGGAGUUGAAGCUUGACUCACUGUCCCAUCUAAAUGUAGAACAGCAGUGCUCUGAGAAGAAUUUAAAGUAUGUUAUCGUUAUCCAGGGACCGGGACAAGGUAUUUUUGUACCAAGCGGAUGGUGGCACCAAGUUUUGAACACUGCAGAUACCAUAUCCAUCAACCACAACUGGGCAAACUUUCACUGUGUCCCGAGAAUGUGGUGCUACCUUACAUCCGAGCUGAGUUGGUGGAGAAGGAGAUAACUGAUUGUAGGGACCUGAUGAAUGAGCAGGAGUGGUUCGAGCAGUGCCAGCUCCUCUUGAGAGCCAAUAUCGGUUUAGACUUUUCCGAGUUUUUAGAUUUUGUGUUAGCUAAUCUUUAUUAUUUAUCGCAAUCCGAUCACAA